CAAUCAGGAUGAACCGCAGGCUUGGCCAGCCUGCCAUUAACAUUUACACAGAUAAAGAAUCUGGGAAGCCCAAAGGAGAUGCCACUCUGUCCUAUGAGGAGCCAGCAUGUGCUAAAGCAGCUGUGGAGCAUUUUGAUGGGAAAGAGUUUCAGGGCCGGAGGCUCAAGGUGUCCAUGGCACGCCGCAAGCCCAUGAUGGGUGGGAUGAGAGGUGGCAUGCCCAUGAGGGAUGGUAUGAUGGGCCGUGGAGGUAUGAUGGGGCGUGGAGGUGACCGUGGUGGUUUUGGCCCACGUGGAGGUCCACGUGGAAUGAACAGAGGUGGCCCUACAGGAGCAAAUAUGCAGCAGAGAGCUGGUGAUUGGGAGUGUCCUAAUCCGGGUUGUGGCACCAGAACUUUGCCGGAGGAUGGAGUGCAACCAGUGCAAAGCUCCCAGACCAGAAGGCAUGGGUGGUGGCCCUCCAUUCCCUCCUGGAGGUGGUGAGCGAGGGCAGAGGUGAAUGGGAAUGCGUGGAGGUC